AUGAUGGACAGGAAGACAUCCGCGGUCCCUGUACCCACCCCGAACGCGAAGAAAAGGAAUGCUGGAAGCUUUACUGGGACGCACGGAAAGGGGCUCCUGAAGGACCAGCUGGAGCUGGUCAAAACCCAGGUUGAUGGCCGCACCCGUUAUGGGAUCAAGGCGAUUGAGGAGCAGCUUUCUUUUGACAAGGGCUUUUAUGUGUUCAUCAGAGCUAUCAAGGCGCUCACGGGCCACAACCAUGGCGUCGUCGUGGUUGGUUUGGCGGGUCCCUCUGGGUCUGGGAAGACAGCCUUCUCAGAGAAGGUUCAGGACUUCAUGCCAGGCUGCUCAGUCCUAUCGUUGGACAACUACAAUGACGCCAGCCGGUUGAUCGAUGGGAAUUUUGAUGAUCCUCGUCUGACGGAUUAUGAGCUGCUGCUGAAGAACAUAGCGGAUCUCAAGAAUGGCAGAGACGUGCAGGCACCCAUCUACAACUUCAAGACGAGCAGCCGGGAGGGCUAUCGCACCAUCAAGGUUCCUGAGUCACGAGUCGUGAUAGUGGAAGGCAUCUAUGCUCUGUCAGAAAAGAUCAGGCCCCUUCUGGACUUGAGGGUGAGCGUGACUGGCGGCGUGCACUUUGACCUGGUCAAGCGCGUGCUGAGGGACAUCAAGCGCUCCGGCCAGGCGCCGGAGGAGAUCAUCCAGCAGAUCACGGACACAGUGUAUCCCAUGUACAAGGCCUUCAUCGAGCCAGACCUGAACACCGCGCACCUGAAGAUCUACAACAACUUCAACCCCUUCUCCGGCUUCAUGGCGCCCACCUACAUCCUCAAGUCCGCCAAGACUGUCACGCCCGACGCCAUCAAAGCUGUACUCAAGGAGAAUCAUACAUCGCGGAUGGACAGUGACACAUACGACAUCUACCUGCUGCCACCGGGCGAGGAUGUGGAGACGUGCACCUCGUGGCUGCGCAUGCGCAACCGCGACGGGCGCUAUAACCUCAUGUUUGAGGAGUGGGUUACCGAUGGCCCCUUCAUCAUCUCCCCCCGCAUCACCUUUGAGGUAAGCGUGCGCAUUUUGGGGGGCCUGAUGGCGCUGGGGUACGAGAUUGGGACGAUGCUGAAGCGGUCGAGCGAGGUGUACGCGGACGAGACGGUCACGGUGAAGCUGGACGACAUUGAGGGCAUGGACCGGCAGUACGUGCAGAUCCAGGGCAAGGACCGCGCGGCCGUGGCCGAGGUCGGCCGCCGCCUGGGCCUGGAGGACACCUACAUCGCGCGCUCCUACAUCGAGCAGCUGCAGCUGGAGAAGCUGACUGCGUCGUUCCAGUGUGUGACGGAGGACCUGCGGCGCCAGUUCAUGGUGGACGGCGAGCCGCUGCUGCACGAAAACUCCAUCGGCUCCUCGCCCAUCCUCUCCUCCUCCUUCCGCCGCACCACCGGCUUCAACAUCCCCACCAUGUCGACCUCAGCGCCGCUGGCAAAUGGCAUACAUAUGGCCAAGGCGGGGCGCAAUGGCAAGUCAAGCGGGUCCUGCAAUAGCAGCGGGCUGCUGAGCCACCACAUGCGUGGCGCAGCGGAGGCCAAUGGGAAUGGCAACGGCUACAGCAGCCGCCACUCCUCGGAGCUGUCUGUGGAUGAGGAGUGGGAGCCCCGCCCGCCCUCCUCCUCAAAUCUUGGCAGGGUUGAGAAGAUGGUGGCGCGGCUGACGGAUAGAGUGGAGGAACUAGCAGCACGGCCGGCCGAUGGGAAUGCUAGCCUUAGCUCCCACGUGCUGGACCUCACGACGCAGCAGCAGGCGCUGAACGCGCAGUUGCAGUCGCUGGCCAAGGCGGUGGCCGGCAUAGAUAGGCGGCUGAGCAGCGCCGACGACGUCACCAGUUACUGCUGGGGCGCGUCGGCCGCCGCCGGAUUCAUCGCCACAGGCGCGCUCGCCGCUGUCGCUCUCCUCGGCGCAAUCAGCCGGAGAUGA